GGCUCCUUCCGCUGUGGACAGAAUUGUGCCACUUGUCCAUACAUUACUAACGGCCUAACAAAUUAUACCUUUUACGCUACAGGUGAAACACGCUCCAUCACUUCACACAUUACUUGUAACACUAAAAAUGUUAUCUACGUGGUUCAAUGUAACCGUUGUAAUUUACAAUAUAUAGGUGAAACUAAGCGACGUCUCAAGGACAGAUUUAACGAACACAGACGUGCAGUCGACAAAACUAACAUUAAAUCUAAACCCACUACUGUUUCUGAACACUUUCUCUCUCACUCUAACCAUUCUCAUACUGACAUGCAGUUAAUCCUACUAGAAAAAAUUCAUUCUUCACGUGACUCAGUUCGUAAGGCCAGGGAGUCGCAUUUGAUAGAUAAGGCCAUGACUCUUGAACCUCAUGGCCUAAACCGCCGUGACGAAUUAUUGUAA